AUGAAGCGAAUUUUACAUAUUUUGGGUUUUGUUUUAAUUUGUAUGUGUUUUGAAAAUAUUUUUGGGGAUAAUUCAACUGAGGAAAAUACAGAAAAAUCAUUAAUUGUGCAUCCAUUACAAUUAAGGAAUGGCCGGGCUAUGGAAAAUGAUCAUGGAUAUGAAUAUGACCAUGGACAUAGCGAUCAUGAUGCCCAAGAAGAAAUGAAAAUGAUGACAGAGGAGAAAGAAAGUCGAAAAACUGAGAAUUGGGGCAGUCAAUAUUAUGAUUUUUUGAUAAAUGAAGGAUCUUAUAAGUUUUGGGCGGUUUUCCAGCUUGUAACCGCCGCACUUUUAAUAUAUUCAGCAUUUGCCGCUAUUUAUUAUGCAAAAUUCAAUUUAGUUACCGCCGAUUAUGAUUACGAUUACUUUUAUGGUAGAAGUUUUGAUUCAGAACCGGUUACAGCAUCACCAUGGCUAGGAUUAAGCUCUCAAACAUUUCAAAAUAUUUUAAAUGCAAUCUCGUCAAAUCGAUAUACGUAA